AUCUCGGAGUGGAGCUGCAGAAAACCAGCACAAACCGUUUCCUUUCUCUGGUGUUUCAGAUGUCGGAAAUCUCAGAGGAAGAUUGGAAGAGAGAUCUGACCAUCAUCCUGGAGGAUCUGUCUUCAGCACAGUUCAUAAAAAUGAAGGAAUGUUUGAGGGGUUUCCUUCAGGUUCUGAAGGACGGCCUGUCCAGAGAAGAGAUGCCUGGGACGAUCAUUGAGUUCUACGGGAAAGAAAAGUCGAUCCUCGAGAUGGAGAGAGUGAUGGAAGAGAUACCGAAGAGAAAAUCUUUAGUUCAGCAUCUGCUGAAACCCUACGUUCAGAAAGUGAGGAGCAAACUGGAGAAACAGCAGCAUGAGAAGAAGAGGAGACGUAAGAAGGAGCCGGAGGAAGGAACCAGUCCUGCAGCAGAUCAGCUGGAGGGAAGCCAACCUGUCAAGAAACCGAAGACUCGUGACUCCCAGGAUGGAAAAGCUCCAUGGGACGGGCAGUACGAGUUGAACAGCCAGCCCACCGGCCUCUGCCUGAUCAUAAACAACAAACAUUUUAGUGGUGGUGACGUGAGACGUGGAACCGAUAAAGAUGCUGGAAGCUUGGCAGAGGUGUUCAGCUGGCUGGGGUUCAGAGUGCUGAUGUGUAAAGACCAAACCAAGAACCAGAUGGAGCGAGUGCUGAAAUGCUUUGCUUCCCAGUGCGACCUUUCUCAGCUGCAGGAGUUCAAUGUCCAGGAGUGGACUCGCAGCGAAUUCACCGAUCUUCUAGAGGCUCCUCAGCAUGGCGAUGCCUUCAUCUGCUGUGUUCUUAGUCACGGAAACAAGGGCGGCGUAUCGGGGACUGAUGGGCAGUCCCUCCGUAUCAAACAAAUAACGAGAACCUUCAUAGCAACUCCUCAAUCUCCCCUCACUGCCAAGCCCAAAGUGUUCCUGAUCCAAGCCUGCCAGGGGCGGCAGAUACAUCCUGGGGUGUUAUCAGACGAUCUGCAGGCUGAUGACUCUCACUCGACACAGCCGGCUGAUGACUCUCACUCGACAUCCAUCCCUCAGGAAGCAGAUAUUCUAGUUCAUAGUUCCACUGUUGAAGAAUAUAUUUCUGUUAGAGACCCAACGAAGGGGAGCUGGUUCAUCCAAUCUGUCUGUGAGCAGCUAAAAGAGGGCUGUCAGAGGAAUGAAGAAAUUGAAGUCAUACUCCGCCGCGUGAACUAUGAAGUAGCCGGGAAAGAAGGUGUUUUGAGACGUGGUCCAGUAAAGCAGAUGCCCGCAAUUUGGCACACCCUGAGGAAGGGUCUUGUGUUGACUCCACAUCAAAACUCAGCCGCAACGAGCAAACCAGCUGACUCAGGAGCAGUGCCCAGGAAGAAGAAACCUGCAGCUGAGGUUUCCGGCGGCAGUGGUGAAACCCAGAUCAUGAUCGACACAACGCUGAAACUCGCCCUGAACCCUCAGGCUCCAGAGAAACCAAAGACUCGUGACUCCCAGGAUGGAAAAGCUCCAUGGGUAAAUCUUAUUUCUUAAUUAUCACUUGCAGCUUUGAGACAUUUAUUGUAUUUACGUUCAUGGAGAGGCUUUUCUUUUCUUUUCAAAACCUGUCAUCGUCCCGGAGGAGUUCGAGAGAGAAGCUGAGAGACUGGUUUGUCCUGAGAGUCCACUUACCUCCAUUAAAGACAUCAAAUCAUCUCGUCCCCAGACACACGUGAGCGUCAAAGGAACCGUCACCCAGAUUUAUCCCGUCAAAAAAGGGAAGAACAC